AGGGCUAAGCUUAUGCUCUAGAGACACUGAGAGGAUCAGUGACUGGCCACUAUGCAAAGCUAAGGAGUUAUAUAUCUGAGCUUAUGAGAGUUGACAGAGAAGGGAGAUUUGAAUUACUGGUAGGUGAUGGUACAAUAUUUAAAGGGUUGUAUAUAGGUUUUAGUGCUCUGAAAAAGGGAUUUGUGGAGGGAUGUAGACCCAUCAUAGGCCUAGAUGGUUGUUUCCUGAAGACUCAUCUAGGAGGGCAGCUUCUUUGUGCUAUUGGAAAGGAUGGAAAUAACCAGAUGUAUCCAAUUGCUUGGGCGGUUGUUGAAGUGGAAAAUGAGGCAUGUUGGGCAUGGUUUAUCUCUAUGUUGCUUGAAGAACUUGGUGUUACAGAUGGUUCAGGUUACACGUUCAUAUCGGAUCAACAAAAGGGUUUGACAAAUGCUAUAAAGGACUUGGCUCCUUUUGCUGAGCAUAGGAACUGCGCACGCCAUGUUUAUAUGAAUUGGAAAAAGCAGUUCAAAGGAGUAACACUAAAGCACAUGUUCUGGGAAGGUGUUAGAAGUUCAUACAAGGAGGAGUGGGAUGCAGCAAUGGACAAGUUGAAGGCAGAGAACAUGAUGGCUUAUGAGAAUUUCAUUGAGAGAGACCCAUCCAGGUUCUGUAAAGCCUUUAUAUCUACUGCAUGUGUGAGUGAUAUGGUAGAUAAUAAUGUGUCUGAAACCUUUAAUGGGUACAUACUAAAUGCUAGAGGGAAGCAUAUAAUACAUAUGUUGGAAGCAGUUAGAAGUGGCCUUAGGGAGAGACAAUUUCAGAAGUUAAAACAUGUUGAAAGUGUGUCUGAUGUGUUAACACCUGCUGUUAGAAAAAAAGUUGAAAAAUUGAAGAGUUUGGCUAGGUUCUGUACAGCUCACCCUGGGCUAGGGGGUAAGUUUGAGGUUGAGAACAAGGAUGAUAGAUUCAUAGUUUCUUUACCUGAAAGAAACUGCAGCUGUAGAGUUUGGGAGCUCACUGGCAUUCCAUGUAUCCAUGCCAUUUCUGCUAUCCAUUUCAUGAAGGAAGAUCCAGCCAAUUAUGUCCACAAGUACCUGACUACUGAGACCUACUUGAAAGCAUAUUCAUAUCCAUUGGAGCCAAUAAAUGGUGAAAGACAAUGGCCCAAGGCAGUAGGCUAUCCAGUUCAACCUCCACAAGUGAGGGUGAUGCCUGGGAGGCCAAAGAAGAAAAGGAGAAGGGAUCAGGAUGAGACGGAUCCCAAAAAUCCUUCUAGACUGACUAGGGCAGGGACUGUUAUGACAUGCCAAAAUUGUUUUCAGUUAGGUCACAAUUCCAGAGGGUGCAAGAAUGAGACUGUGGAGAAAGAGAAGCCAGAAAAGAGAAAGCCAGGAAGACCAAGGAAACACCCUAGGCCAGAUGAUGAUGUGAACUCAGGUGGAGCAAGUAAGAGUAAGAAGAAGAGUAAGAGUAAGACCCUAGCUAUGGAACGAGCACAGGCAUCAAAGGGUGUAGGGCACUUUGUGGGAGAGGAGACAGGAAACUCUUACAUUUGCUCUGGGAGUAUAGUGCAUCAAGUACCAAGAGGGGAAGAACUAUCAUCUCAAGUGCCAACCCAACAAUCCCAAACCAAGAACUGACUGUUGAAGCUGUCCUUAUUUUGAAGUGGUUUUAAAUGUCCAAAGUUAGCUCAGAAACUUGUUUUUGAAGUUCAAACUUA